UGCAACGACGACGUGCUCUACACCUGCUUCCCAAUGUUCCACGCGGGUGGGAUUUGCACGUCGUUCCCGUUCUUCCUCGGUUCUGGCGCAUCGUUUGUCUGCCUUGACACAUGGCGAUCUAUCUCUGUGGAUGCCAUCCUCCGUCACCUUCGCAUUCUCAAGAAGCGCAAGGUCGACGCUUCGUUACCCCCGAGCAUGCUUGAGGACAUCGCCGACUCGACAGAUGCGGCUGCAGUGGGUACGCUUGCCGCGCAGAAUACGGUAUUCUGGGGAGGCGCACCGCUUCGUGAUAGUGCCGGCGACUACCUGGUGCGACAUGGCGUCAAGCUAGUCGCUUGGGGCGGGUCCACUGAGGCCGGCCCCCUUGCUCGCUCGUCGCUUGAGGAGAAUGCGGAUCCGGCGGAUUGGAUGUACAUGCGCCUUGUUGAUUACUACGAAUUCAACUGGUAUCCGAUGAAGGGUGACCCUCAUGGGCGAUAUAACCUCAUCGUUUCGCCCGUUCAUGCUACGCCUCCCAUUGUAAACUCCCUCGAUCCCAUUGGUUUCGCGACAGUGGACGGAUGGUUGCAACAUCCUGACCCGACCAAGUCGCAUUUAUGGAAGCCAGCGGGGCGUUUGGAUGACGUGACUGUGCUAAGCAAUGGCGAGAAGACGGACAACAAGCAACUAGAGGAGUUGCUUUGCGCGUCUCGAUACGUCUAUCAGGCUAUCAUCUUCGGCACGGGCAAGUUCGUCAACGGAGCCAUAGUCAUGCCACCCGCGGGCUUGGUGAAAUCCGAUGACGACGAGCACGUCGACCACUACCUGGACCUCAUUUGGCCACACAUCGAGGACCAUGUCAACAAAAUCGUGCCGCGCCAUUCACGUCUCCUGCGCGGCAUGGUGCUCGUUGCCCGUUCCGACCGACCGUUCCUGACAUCAGAUAAGGGCACCGUAAAGACCAAGGCGACGCUCGCGCUGUACAAGGAGGAUAUCGAUCGUGCCUACGAGGCGCUCGAGCGCGGUACGGACGCUGCCACGGCAGGCAGCGACCUUCCUCUCCAAGCGGUCAAGUCAGACGAGUCCAAGGUGCUUGCGUUUGUUCACGCUCUCGUGUCCGAUGCCAUUGGCAGGAGCCUAGGUCCCGAGGACGAUUUCUUCCGGAAUGGGAUGGAUUCUCUCGUGGCGACGAAGUUACGUACAUCCCUUAGCGCCGCCAUCCGUCGCGUAGGCAUUCCGACGGCCCUUCCGCGCAAUGUCGUGUAUACGCACCCGUCAUGUACUGCGCUUUCGCGGUUCCUGAUAACAUUUGCGGCAGCCGAACCCGAGAAGGAGGAUAGCGCUGCUGAGGGCCUGGAGGAGGAGAUCGAGACGAUGAUCGACAAAUACUCGAGGAACCUCCCUUGUCACGAAGGCAAGCGCGCGAUGCCCAAUGACGGUGAUGUCUACGCUGUUACCGGCACUACAGGAUCCUUAGGGGCGUCCUUCGUCGCCCACCUACUCGCACGACCACAGGUCAAGAAAGUCUACCUGCUGAAUCGGGCUCACCGUUCGCAAUCGAUGGUCGCUCGGCAGGAGAUGGCUUUCAAGGAUAAGGGCCUCAGCAUAUCUCUGUUACGUCAAGCUAUCGAGGAAGGCAGAGUCGUUUUUGUUGAGAUCGAAGUCGGGAAAGAUCGUCUCGGAAUAUCAAACGAUGUAUAUGACAUGUUGACGUGGGAAGUGACGCAUAUUGUGCAUAACGCAUGGUUACUCAACUUCAACCUCCUCCUUCAUCACUUCGAGCCCCACGUCGCGGGCACUCGUUCUAUCAUCGAGCUUGCGCUUUCAUCAUCCUAUCAAUGCCCUCCUCACAUCACUUUCAUAUCUUCCAUUGGGGCCACGGCGCGCUGGCCAUUUCGUAAACGUCCCAUCCCUGAGGCGGCCCUCAACUCUCCCGAGUUUUGCAUCCCACAGGGCUACUCGUACGCGAAAUAUGUCUCGGAGCAAGUGAUUCAAAGCGCGGUUGCCCACAGGCCUUGCCUUCGUGCAGCGAUCAUCAGAUGCAGUCAGCUUUCUGGUUCCCUGGCGACCGGCGCGUGGCAGAAAAGCGAAUAUGUUCCUCGUCUGCUUCGGUCGGUGGAUGCGUUGGGUAUGGUCCCGACAGGACUCGCGCCCGUCCGCUGGCUCCCGGUUGAUGUCGCUGCCGACAUGCUUUUCCGGGAGAUCGAGCACGCGACUUCACAGCCCGCGCCUGGUCCUUUGCGUUAUUACACCCUCGACACAACGCAGUACACGCCGUGGCAACGCGUCGUCGACUCUCUCGUUGCCUUGAAGCCUGAACGACGGCUCAAGAGAGUCCCCAUGGCCAAGUUCCUUGACGAGGUACGCAAGGACACUGAUAACCCAGCCUUCGAGGUUGCGGAGCAUCUCGAAGACCUCUUAGUCGCGCAUCCCAUUCCCAUGCUGUCUGUGACACAAGCACGGCGCGCAGCUGGCAACCUUGUUGACUGUGAGAUCAGCGAGCAGCUCCUCAGAAGCUAUGUCCGCUACGCUUGCUCGUGAGAACACUGGAUUCUCUACAGCACAGGUAUCUCUCAUAGGAGAUAUUUAUUCGUACUCAUCGUCGUUUUCCUCCAUUCUUCGUUGUCAUUGGCACCGCUCACAUUCGUCCCGGUCAUUCUUGUCGCCCCUCUGACGCCCCCUGUCUCCAUGCAUCGCUCUCACUAGCUGUCCGUUCAAAGUAUUUAUCUCCUGAGCUAUUCUUGUAUACCUAGAGUGUAGACGUAGCUAGAGUCUAUAUCACAUAUUUCACUAGUACUGUGAUAGCUGACUCAAUUGUUCUGU